AACGAAUCAACUCAAAUUGGGCGAAAAGCGGUUUUCCCAUGAGCCUGCCACCUUUCUCCCUUUCGCUGAACUACUAAAGCUUUUCUCCUCCUUCAAAUACCUGUACUGCACUGCCCAUCAAGGUCUCUGCAGCUUCCCAACCCGAACCACCACGAUUGCGUCACGAGCUAUUUGGGCAGAUUUGAAGAAUUGAGGAUUGCAAAAUGUCGACUGAAGGCAAAACCAUCACCUGCAAGGCUGCUGUGGCCUGGGAGGCCGGCAAGGACUUGGUGAUUGAGGAUGUUGAGGUUGCUCCGCCCAAGGCCCACGAGGUCCGCAUACAGGUCCACUACACGGGUGUCUGCCAUACCGAUGCAUACAUGUUGAGUGGACAAGAUCCUGAGGGCGCUUUCCCUGUCAUUGCUGGACACGAGGGCGCUGGUAUCGUUGAGAGCGUUGGCGAAGGCGUGACCAACGUGAAGGUGGGCGACACAGUUGUUGCACUUUACACACCAGAAUGCGGCGAAUGCAAGUUCUGCAAAUCCGGCAAGACCAACCUAUGUGGCAAGAUUCGUGCCACUCAAGGAAAGGGUGUCCUCCCAGAUGGCACUUCUCGAUUUAAGUGCAAGGGCCAGGAUAUUCUCGCUUUCAUGGGCUGCUCUACAUUCUCCCAAUACACCGUUGUCGCUGACAUCUCUGUUGUUACCGUGACGGACAAGGCACCGAUGGACCGAACAUGUCUGCUUGGUUGUGGUAUUACCACCGGAUACGGCGCCGCAGUCAUCACUGCUGGCCGGACUGGGAAGGGUGUCGAGGAGGGCUCAAACGUGGCUGUCUUUGGUGCUGGCUGCGUCGGUCUCUCGGUCAUUCAGGGUGCUGCGAAGAACAAGGCUGGCAAGAUCAUUGUGGUUGACGUCAACGACAAGAAGAAGGAGUGGUCGAAGAAAUUCGGCGCUACUGACUUCGUGAACCCAGCUAAGGACCUCAAGGAGGGCGAGACCAUCCAGCAGAGACUUAUCGAUAUGACCGACGGCGGCUGCGACUACACCUUCGACUGCACAGGUAACGUGCAAGUAAUGAGAGCAGCCCUCGAGGCUUGCCACAAGGGUUGGGGAGAGAGCAUCAUUAUUGGUGUCGCUGCUGCUGGAAAGGAGAUCUCGACAAGACCAUUCCAACUUGUUACCGGCCGUGUAUGGAAGGGCUGCGCUUUCGGUGGUGUCAAGGGCCGCAGCCAAAUGGGCGGUCUCGUGCAAGACUACAUGGACGGCAAGCUCAAGGUCGACGAGUUCAUCACCCACAGACAGAAGCUUGGCGGCAUCAACCAAGCAUUCCAGGACAUGCGCGCCGGAGACUGCAUCCGAUGCGUUGUCGACAUGAAGCAAGUAUGAGCUGAUUGCAUGAGGUACGAAGCGAUUGCAUAAGCCAAAGAGGUGCCCAAGCGAUUGUGUUUUUGAUGAAUACCACGAUACAUACUUCAAUCGUGGUUGUGGCGCUUAGCGUUUGGCGAGUAAAAGCGAGUCUUGUGCCAAAUUGUGAGUCUCAAAUCAAGAUACCAAUUGUGCGUGCCAAUUGAAAUGUCCACUUGCUCUUCCU